AUGGAUGAGGGCUGGCAAGCAAUGAAAAGGGACGUGAAUGGACGUCAACAGCCAAACGCUACCAGGUUCCCCAAAGGAAUAGGCGCGAUUGCAGAUUUCGUUCAUAGCAAGGGGUUAAAAGUAGGAAUCUAUAGCGACGCUGGGAUAUAUGACUGCGCAUUCUAUCCGGGGUCCUGGGGAUACGAAGAGCUCGACGCUGCAACUUAUGCCGCGUGGGGCAUUGACUACCUCAAAUAUGAUAAUUGCGGAGGGUUCCAAGCCAACACUGAAAGUCCACAGAUUCGGUUUUCAGCCAUGAGGGAUGCACUCCGGAAUAGUGGCCGAUCUAUCUUCUAUUCUAUCUGCCAGUGGGGCCACCAAUUCCCCUGGUAUUGGGCUGAUGAGAUUAGCCAAUCAUAUCGUAUAUCGGGAGAUAUCACUGGUGUUUUUGGUGACACAGGUAAAGACUGUGCUUGCAAAACAGCAUACUGCUUGGACGUUGGCUAUGCUGGCUGCAGUGUGCUAACUAUCAUCCGAAAAAUGAGAGAGCUCAGCGCCUUUCAGAGACCUGGAAGUUGGGCCGAUAUGGAUAUGCUCGAGAUUGGCAACGGCAACAUGACGCUCCAUGAACAGCAGACCCACCUGACAUUUUGGGCCGCUUUGAAAUCACCUUUGAUAAUUGGGGCUGAUCUCCAAACGCUCUCCAACGAAAGUCUGAAUGUGUUGAGAAACAAGGAGAUAAUCGCUAUCUCACAAGACGCCCUUGGUGAAGCAGUGACAUAUCUUCCGAAUUUGAGCAAAGACAAAAGCAUUCAGGUUUGGGCUGGACCGUUGACUGGAGGGAAAGUUUUGAUUUUAGUACUCAGUGAACUGGCAAACGCGACCACUGUAAAUAUUUCGCUUGGUGAUAUCCCAGGUCUGACGUCUUAUUCUUCCUACAAGUCUUAA